AUGGCGACCCUCAAACCUCCGACAAAUACCCACCGCUCCUCAUCCUCCUCCCACAGCUCCGGCCCACCAAAAGCCCCCCUAAAAGCCGACCCAACAGCCACAAUCGCCGACACCGUCGUCUUCCAAGGCCGAUACUCCGUCACCAUCGGCGCAGGGACAGUCAUCCACCCGCGCGCAAAAUUCUACGCAUACGAAGGCCCAAUCGUUGUCGAAGACGGCUGUAUUAUCUGCGAGAAAGCAGUAAUUGGCGCUCCACCGAGUUCAUCUCGCUCACCCUCACCGUCCAGACCAGCAAGCACAACACCGACCGAGUCUGGGGCGUCGACGCCCGAGCCUAAGAAAGAGACAUCGACGCGGAUUUCAUACUUUGUUACUAUUGGUCCGUUGGCGACCGUCGAACCCGGUGUUCAUAUCCACUCUUCUGCUACGAUCGAGGCUCUGGCGACGAUUCGUCGGGGCGCGGAUAUCGGUGCGCACUCGAAGGUGUNGCGCGGAUAUCGGUGCGCACUCGAAGGUGUGUUCCGGGGCCCGGGAAUGCGGAGGAAGAGAGCUCGUGUUGUGAAGGGCAUGAGUCCGGCUGUUGUGGGUGCGGCGCAGGUUUCCCAGACGCCUCUUCCUAGUCCUGCGCCGGCGGGUAAGGUUAUUGAGGAUGCGAGAUUGAUGGUUUUGCAGAAGGAGAGGGAGGUUCUUGGGAGGAUGCUUGUUCCUGCUGCUGGGGGGAGGAAGAAGUGA